AUGGAUAACGGCGGUCAGCUCGAGGCCAACAGACUUGGCAAUGGACCUGAAUGGUCACCGGAACUCCCUGAUGCAAAUCGCCGAGCUUGCGAUGCCUGUCGUAGUCGCAAGGUUCGCUGCGACAGAGAGUCGCCUUGCGCCCACUGCAUCAGUGCCAAAAUUGUUUGUGUCUACACCCCUGUCCCAGCUCCAAAGAAGCGCACGCGCAUUCUCCUCACCCCACAAUACGAACGAAAGAUAGACCUCAUCGACAGCAGGCUUGAAAGGGCAAUCGGGCUUUUGGAAAAGCUCCAAGCGAGCGAGCCUUCCAACGACAGCUCUCGGUCACCCAGAAAUGCACGAGCCUCUGACCAGGCACCCUCCUCUGUUUCGACACCUGCCAGCGACUCAACCAAACCGAAAAGGGCUCAUGGGCAGGUCGUCGAGGGAGACUCUUCCUUGGCAGCUCACUCUGCCUUUGCCAACGAGUUCUUACAGAGAGUGGCUGCCACCGAUUCACUGCGAGAUUCCAGUCCAGAAUUAUGCGACACUCUUGAUGAACUGUCUUCUAUACUCACCAAGGAAGCUGUUGUAGGUCAUGAGCUAGCAUACCCACACGCUAGGCCCAUACAGGGAGCUAAACUCCCAGAGUAUGAAAUGCCUCCCUUUAAGAAGGCCAUCGCUUUAAUCCGUCUUGCAAAAGCUGACGCUGUGAUCGACACCUCAGCCAAACAGCUCACAGGGAUCAGCUGGAUUUACCAGUUCCUCCCGUUUCAACGGUUCACAGACAUGUGUCUCGACGUCUACUUUAAUGACAAUCAUUCUGAAGCCAAGUUCACCACUGUCAACGCCGGCCUUUAUUCACUAUUUUGGGACUACAGUUUCCACGUUGUCGGACAGGAAAGGGACGAAUAUGUCGCUCAUGCUCAUUUGUGUCGCGACAACCUUGAGACUGUUCUAUCAAGCCUGCCAUUGCAUUUGCCUGCAAACUCUGACACCAUUCUUGCUAUUCUUUUUGGUGCCUCCUAUGCCAUUGAACUCUCGAAACCUUCUCUUUCAUGGACCUUAUCAGCUAAAGGAUCGGAACUUUGCCAGACGCUGAGCUAUCACAGGCUUGCAUCGAUGGAAAAUGAUAAACAGGAAGAUUUCGAAUACAAACAGUUUCUGUUUUGGAGCAUCUACUUCAUUGACAAAAGCCUGUCUCUGCGCCUAGGACGGCCCUCAACAAUUCCUGAUUGGGAUAUCACGGUACCACAGCCAUCGACCAACGAUACUACAUCUGAGGCGGUUCUAGCCUACUUCGCUAUAUCUAUCGAGACGGCGCGAUGUCAAGGCAAUAUUUAUGAGAUGCUGUAUACCCCCAAUUCCAUGGCACAGCCCGACCAGGUAAAGCAGUCUCGGGUCGAGGCCUUGGUGUCUGAUUUGCAGAACCUGGAUGCAAAGAUCUGGGAAACCAAUGCAAAAUGGUUCAACGAAGCAAAGAAGGAGUCUGGUGAGGAUUUAAUAAACUUCUUUUACAUUUCAGACAAGGUCCUCCGCCUAUCCCUCCUCACACUUGUUCACCGAGCCGCGCCACCCAUACCAGGCUCUACCACAACCUUCAACUAUAACUGUGUUGCCGCCGCAAGAGCAACUUUACAGAAACAUGAAGAAUGCGUCGCACACAUGCACAGGAGCGCAACACCUUACCUUGCGACUUACAUACAUUGGACACUUUUAUUUGCUCCCUUUAUUCCGUUUAUCGUCAUAUUCUGCCAUGUUAUCGAAACCCAGGAUGAGGCGGAUCUGACCCGCCUCCAAGACUUUGUUACUUCCAUCCAGUCUGCAUCUUCUGUUUCUGAGCCCGCCGCUAAGAUACAACGCCUCUUCCAAGUUCUCUGCAGAAUUGCUAUGGGUUAUGUGAAGUUUCGCCAUUCGACAACGCUAGUGGGCGGGAGUCAAGAUAGCUCAAAGAUAGAUGGUUAUCUAGACGCGCUAGGAUUCGCCUCUGCCAGUGGUGGCAUCUCCAGCCUACAAGAUCAUCUCCUCACUCAGCAUGAUGGCAGCGAUAGAGAAGUUGAAAACGAAGGUGGAACAACAGGUCCAGAUACGGUGAACGGUGACCUGCGAGCAAUGAAUCCGAUGAUGUGGACGGCGAAUAGCGCAGAGUUAGAGGAAUGGCUAGGAAAUAAUGACUUUAUGACAGGGUUGAUGUAG